CCGCGCCCGGUGCGGCCUUUCGGAACAGCAGGCGCAGCGGCGCACGGGGGUAGUCAAGCUGCGGCGGUCUAGCUCCUCCGAGCAUGCAGCGGAUUCCGGCUCUAGGCCUGGGCACCUGGCAGGCGGCUCCAGGGGAAGUGACAGAGGCAGUGAAACUGGCCAUCGACGCCGGAUAUCGGCACUUCGACUGCGCUUACUUAUACCACAAUGAGAGUGAGGUCGGAGCCGGGAUCCAGUGCAAGAUCAAGGAGGGUGUGGUGAAACGAGAGGACCUGUUUAUCGUCAGUAAGCUGUGGUGCACCAGCCAUAAGAAGUCCUUGGUGAAAGCAGCGUGCACCAAGAGUCUGAAGGCCUUGAAGCUGGAUUACUUGGACCUCUACCUCAUACACUGGCCCAUGGGUUUCAAGCCCGGGGAGGAAGACAUGCCCUUGGACCACAGCGGCAUGGUGAUACCCAGUGACACCGACUUCCUGGACACGUGGGAGGCCAUGGAGGACCUGGUGGUUACGGGGCUGGUGAAAGCCAUCGGGGUGUCAAACUUCAACCACGAACAGCUUGAGAGACUUCUGAAUAAACCCAACUUGAGAUUCAAGCCAAUGACUAACCAGAUUGAGUGCCACCCGUAUCUUACCCAGAAGGAUCUGAUCCGUUUUUGCCAGUCCAGAGAUGUGUCUGUGACCGCAUACCGGCCCCUCGGUGGUUCCAGUGAGGGGGUGGGCCUGCUGGAUGACCCCGUGAUUCAGAGGGUGGCCCGGAAGUACAACAAGUCUCCAGCCCAGGUAGGAAGGGGCUGCCAGGGCUAG